AUUUCGAGCAUCAAAUCAUUAAGAAUCCCAUCGUUUACAUGAUCACCUUCCUGUCCAACAUCUUCGUGAUGGCAGACAUCAUCGCUACGGUAAUGCGCGAGAAUCUAACUGAUACCAACAAGUUCGUCUACAUUCCCUUGAGCAAACGUAAACAAUCUUAAUUCGAUAAAUUAUUAAGUGUGUACAGUUAAAUGGAUUUUCAGCACUGUACAUCAUCGAUAUAUUGUCUAUUUACACUGUCAUAGUGGAGAUAAUCUACGUAGAGAAUAAGUACCUGAAGAUACUGAAAGUUGUGCUCAUCUUGUUGAGAAAUUACAGGAUUUUAGUUUAUCACUGUACGUUUAUCACCUUAACGUUAAAUGAAGUAAUUUAAUUGUGUUAAUUUUAGAUUGGAUUUCGAAAGCUGGCCGGAUCAAGAACAUCUACGUCUUCUACUCUAAAUAUAUCUUCAUCUACGCCUUCGUUAUACACACCUUCAACUGCUUGUGGGUCGUCUCAUGUCAGGUGUGUUAAAGUGUUAAAGUUCUCUUUCAAUGCUUCGGUUUAGGGUUGCUCUCCUUCCAGUUACCACAACAACAGCUUCUACACAAACCCUAUGACCCUGAGGUUAUCCGAGGGUAUCAAAGGUAGAUACAGAAAGGGACUGCGCGAUACCAAAUACAUGACUCCUCUCGAACUGUACGUUGCCACGCUGUUCUUCGUGAUCGGGGCUAUAACAAACGUUGGUUUUGGGAAUCCCGGAUCCGGAAACGACACCGAGAUGGGACUGUCGAUGGCCACGAUGUUCAUAUCGAUGUUCGUGAACAUCCUCUUCAUCAGUGAUCUGUCGGCGAUGAAGAUCGGGGAAUAUCUGAGCCAGGUGGAGUUCUCCAACAGCUUGAGGCAGAUCCGCAAAUAUCUGCAUCACGAGAGGAUACCGAAGAAUACGUGCAACAAGAUUAUGAAGUAUUACAUCAAUUUUUGGCACCAGAAGAGCACGUUGACAACGAAGGUUUACUACAACAUUUUACCUAAAGCUCUGCAGAAGGAGGUGAUGCUGGAUGUGUUCUGGUUCGCCUUGCAUCGCAUGUAUCUUUUCAAGAAUGAAUCGUUGGAGUUCAAGAGAUUGGUGUCUUCGGCGAUGGAGGUUGAGUAUUACAAUAAAGGAGACCUAAUCUUGGAACAUGGACAGGUGCGUCUGAAGUCCUUCUUCAUAGCGCGCGGAAGCGUCUGCAUUCUGUCGCAGGAGGACAGCGAAAGCCCGGUGUUGACUCUAGGUGUUGGCAGCUGCUUCGGGGAAUUGCAUCUAUUUUACAGCAUGGUCGGGAAAUUUUCCAUUGUGGCUCAAACCUAUUGCAUUUUGCACACCUUGACCAAACCGAGGUUCUGGUGCUUGAUAAACAUGCAGUGCUACCAUCGUUCACGUAACAUCAUCCAGACAAUGAACGUGAAGAUGAAUUAUGCGCGCAGCAAAAGGAUUAAGAUUAAUGACGAAAUCAUCGACAAAACGCUAAUUCAAAUGAAGGAGGUGCUCAACGACGAAACUCAGUUGGAUAUCUACGACGCCAGAAAUAUUUACAAGUUGGGCAAUUUCACCGAGUUCCACGAUUCCUACAUCUUGAGCAAAGAGCAGAUCAACAGCUACGACGGCAUCUUCACUCACACGGAAUGGCCUUGGAAGUUGCGCGAAGAUUCCAACUUCAUUCACAUCUGGGAGUACAUCGUCAUCUUCACCACUCUAGUGCUGCUCUUCUAUUGGCCGCUGAAGGUGCUCUUCAAAGCCGAACUGAACGGAUACAUGAUCGCGAUAUUCAAGAUCUACUUCACGCUGAUCUUCGGCCUCGACGUGAUCAUCCAGCUCUUCACCGUCAUCGAAACACCGCAAAAAUCCUACAUCACUUUCACUGAGAUCUUCGAGGCACGAUGCACCAAUCUCGCGUUCGCCUGUGACUUCAUCUCGGCACUUCCCUUGGACACGCUCGCGACAGUCAUGCUCGCAGAAGAUAGCAAAACCAACCUCAAGUACAGGAUCAUCAUGUUUUCAAUGAGAUUCCUGAAAUUAUACAGAUUGCCGGUGUUUUUCAACAAAUUGGAGCUGCGAUUCAUGUCCAUCAAGUUCCACAUAUUCAAGUGCAUAAAGCAUUUCUUCUUCAUCGUUUGCUUCAGCUAUCUGAACGGAUGCAUCUAUUACCUGAUCUUGUAUUUCCAUUGGUGAUUAGAUUCAAUGUGUUUGUAAUCGUAAAAGUUUUUGAUAGAUUUGUUGAUUUCCAGGAGUUUUUUCACCGAGGAUAGCUGGUUCAAGAAGCUGUACAAUAAUCUGCAG